CCUGUACCUAAGCUCUUUAUUAUUCUGCUUCUUUAAAUCGCAAGCCCUCUUUUCAAUUCUUCUCUUAAUUAGCUAGCCACUUCUGGAAGGUUCCAUGGACAAACAGCGAAGAAGGCAGCACGAGGCUACUGCCUCUGGGUCUGACUAUGAAGAGGUGAGCAGUAUCGAGUGGGAGUUCAUAAACAUGUCAGAGGAGGAAGAAGAUCUCAUCCGCAGAAUGUACAAACUCGUUGGAGACAGAUGGGGUCUGAUAGCUGGUAGAAUCCCGGGUCGAAAAGCUGAAGAGAUCGAGAGGUUUUGGAUUAUGAAGCAUGCCCAAGUGUUUGCCAGCAGAAGAGAGAAUCUUGGCUCAUAAUGAAAUCCUAAAGCCAUCAUCAUUUCACUCUCUCUUGAUUUCUUAUAAUGACCAGAAAAUAACUACUAAAAGGUUUCAAAAAUAAGAAGUUGUGAUUUUCUAUGUGAGAAUAGAACUUGUUAUUACGUGCUGCUUUGUUAUUAUUGAAACCUUUUAAUAAUUAUAUUUCUUUUUUAAGAUUUUA